AAAAAAAAAAACGAGCGAAUGGGUCUCACUGCCACCCCCAUACUCAUGCACGUGCACCCCUUUUUUUCCUUUUUCUACUCCUCCUCUUUCUCUUCUCUAGCGGCGACGAGCAACAGGGCUCUCCCUGUUCUUAUUCUCCAAGUUUGCAACCCCUUCUCUUCUUCUUUUCUCUUCUCCAACGGCAACAAGUUUCUCCUUCCUUACUGUCCUACUUCUCGACAACAUCGUCGGAGCUCCUCGGAGUGUGCCAGAGCUCGUCAGACCACUAGGAAAGAAGGGAAAACAAAGCCAUAGUUACUGCCCUCUUUUCUAGCCAAGCACAACAGCCACCGGAGCUAGCUCGCCAUGACAACCGGUGAAAAAGGGAAAAGUUGUCCUAGCUGCUGUCCUUUUCUUGGCAGCACCGUCGGAGUUCGCCGGAAUUAGCUGAGACGGCCAACGACAAAGGGAAAACAACCCUAGUUGCUGCCCUCUUUUUUUUCCAGCAACCAUAGAAAAAUCCUUAGAAGCGGCCCGCGGUCCAGAGUACCUGACCGUACACCCGAGGCGUGGUGGCGUGAUGUAGCCCUCAGUCAGUGUUUAUUAUGUCUUCCACUGGUGAGGGCUGAUAGCCCGUACGUCAGAUGAUCUAGCUACUGAAAGAGCUAGCAACGUACCAUGGAGGCGAGGCAAGCAGAGGUUGAACAGAUACUUCAAAUGGCUGAAGGGGAUGGAGAAUAUAGCUAUGCCGCUAAUUCUCGGGGUCAUAGAAAGCUAAUUAUUAUGACACAAGCCAUGUUGGAGAAUGCCAUAGAGCAAAUGUUCAAGACAUUGCUCCUUGAGAGAAUUACUAUUGUGGAUCUCGGUUGUUCUUCAGGCCCCAACACCUUGUUAGUGCUCUCUCAAGCUCUAGACAUUAUCAGUAAGUUACAUAAACAAUCGAAGGAGGAGACACUUCCAGAAAUCCAAUUCAUCUUGAACGACCUGCCAUCGAAUGACUUCAACAGUGUUUUUCAAUCCUUGGAAGAGUUCAAAAUGAAGAUUAAGGAAGAAAGAGAAAAGCUACUUAUACCAUAUUAUGUUGCAGCUGUUCCAGGGUCAUUCCAUGGGAGACUCUUUCCUUCUUCGACUGUUCAUUUCUUUCACUCUUCCACUAGUCUCCAUUGGCUAUCGCAGGCUCCUAAAGAACUCGAGAGUGCACAAGGUAUUCCACAAAACAAAGGAAAUAUUUACUUCACGAGGAGAAGCCCCCCUUGGAUAGUAGAAGCAUAUCGAGAACAAUUUCAAAGAGAUUUCUCUAUAUUUCUCAAGUCUCGCUUCGAAGAAUUAAGUGUCGGAGGAGGAGCAUUGUUAACAUUUCCCGGAAGAGAAGAUGAAGAUGGUGACAUAUUUAUUCACAUUUCCGAACUAUUUUCUGAGUCCCUCAAUGCAAUGGCCGAAGAGGGGAUCAUUUCAAAAGCUAAAUUGGAUGCUUUCAACAUGCCAUUCUACUCGCCAUUGUUGGAGGAAGUGAAGUCAAUAAUUCUCAGUGAAAGUUCAUUCCACAUAGAACGAGCACACUUGUUAAGCCACAAAUGGCUCGAGAAUCAUGAUGCCACAGAGCCUGACAUUGUACCAGAUGGGAAGAACAUCGCAAACAGUUUUCGUGCCGGGACUGAAUCCCUGUUUGGUCGUCACUUCGGGGAUGCCAUCCUUGAUGAUCUAUACGAAAGAAUUGCUGAAAAAGUUUCAAGGAGCAUUGUUGAAGAAAAGUUCACUAACUGUAAUGUAUCUAAUAUUGUCAUUGAGUUGAAGAAGAACACUCCAACAUAGUCAUGUGUGCGGAUGCACUAGAAGUGAGCAAACAGUGAUACUGUAUCGAUACUUGUCAUGAG